GCAAAGUAACCUCGUGGCAGCACCACCGCGAGGAUCAAGUACUGCAGUGACAGCGUCGCCACCUACUGCAGCAGCUCCGUCACCACCAAGAGGAUCAAGUAUUGUAGCAGCAGCAGUGUCGCCGCCGCCAAGAUACUGUAGUGGCAGCUUCAGGUAGGACCACGGCUGCAACGUCACCGCGAGGAUCAUGCACUGCACCAGCAGCAACGAUAAGAGGAAGUGCAGCUGCACUUUCCUUCCGGUGGUCGAGAGCAAGGGAUUUAAGAGGGCAAGGACUCCUGUACCUAAAGUUGUGGAGCAGUCAGCUAGCAGCAGAGCUAGCAUAACAGCUGAAAUUGCUAAGCUCGAAGACUCAGACACACAGCAGUAAGUCUAUAACGGCAGUGGCAAUUUUGAUACGACAGCGCGCAUUGCGGGCGCUUAGGCGUGGGAUUCGAUCUGUGGUAGUUGGUGAAAGUAUUGAGUUUUUAUUUGGCCUUUUCGAUGAUGACGAUGUUUUCACUAGAAGUACUGGAACCCGAUAAUGACACGCUGAUGCAGUUCAUAGAAGCAUACUGGAUGAUAAGUAAAUCCCGUUACUUAAACAAGCGAGAUCCUGUGCCACGUGCCCCGGACACAUUGGACUUUUGGCUCAACCAGCUUGACGAGCGACGAUUCACCCAAGAUUUCCGCGUCACGAGGUUUCAAUUUACGCAGAUCGUUGAUUUGAUUAAAGACAACCCAGUGUUUUUUAACAACUCGAACGUUCCUCAGACGCCAGCUUGGUGACAGCUCAUGGUUGCGCUGUACCGAUUUGGGUGUGAUGGCAAUGGUGCAUCGAUUGGAAAGUUAGCACACCAUUUUCGGUCUGAAGGUGUAGUCGAGCUGUUCACCGAUCGCUGUAUAGUCGCGCUGGUGGCGCUUGAACAGCAGGUAGUUGCAUGGCCAGAUAAUUAGGAACGCGAGGAAAUUAGCGCUCGAAUCGAGGAGAUCUCGGGAUUUCGACAGUGUAUCGGCUUUGUCGAUGGAACUCUGUUCCUUUCGCAGGAAAACUAGAACUUGAUGGUGCAGACUAUUACAGCCGCAAAGGCUGCUAUGGAAUAGCAGCGCUCGUGGUUUGUGAUGAUCACAAAAGAAUUAGGUAUCUCUACACAGGAUGGGCUGCUUGUUCACAUAAUGCAAGAUUAAUGGCUAACUGCGACCUACAGACAUGCACACCUGAGAUAUUUGAGGGCGACCAGUACCUUUUAGCACUGUAUUGGAAUUUUGAAGGGAAGAUUUUUUCAGUUUGAAAGGGCUGAGGCUGAGGCAUCGCAAUGAGCAUGAUGGAGAGCGAGGUGUGGCUUGGAUUCGUGCUUGUGCUGUCCUCCAUAACAUACUCCUGGAUGUUCCUGGGGUAGGUGAUUCUGAUGACGAAAAUCCCAACGCGUGGAUCCCAGUAGCGAUGGAGCUGCCCGAUUUAGUCGACGAUGGAAACUUUGAUAACGCGUUUAUUAGAUUGGCGGACACGCAAGGGAGACUCAAACGCCUACGGGUAAUGCAGAGCUUACUAGAUCACUUGUCUAGUAUGUAGGACGAAACUGAAUCGGACAUCAAUUGUCUUCGAAUUGUGCUGCAACCAUCUC